AGUAAACCUGGGCUAUACUCCAGGUUAUACUCCGGGCUAUACUCCAGGUUAUACUCCGGGUUAUACUCCAGGUUAUACUCCGGGUUAUACUUCGGGUUAUACUCUGGGUUAUACUCCAGAUUAUACUCCGGGUUAUACUCCGGGUUAUACUCCAGGUUAUUCUCCAGGUUAUACUCCAGGUUAUACUCCGGGUUAUAUUUCAG